AUGCUUGAGAAAGGCGAUGCAUAUUGGGCGAUGAACUAUCAUAUCGCAACCCUCGUUCCGUUGAACAUCAUGUACGAAGCCACAACCACGUCUUUCGUUGUUUCAAUAGCCUGUCUCGUGUUGGUGGCAAUCGCGUCCAUACCUCAUGCGGUAAAUGCUUUUCAACAGCACCUAACACAUCGAUACAAGUAUCAGACCCUCCCUGGGAAAUACGAGGAUCAAGAUGGUCAAGCCACUGAGCAGUCUCAGUCUGCCUUUACUGAUGUACCUCAACGAGUAUUGUUAGUGGCGGCUAGCUUUACAGGACUGGCAGUGGCUCUUGCUCCAGUUCUCCUGAUCUCUACAAAUAGUGAGAGGGCAGAUUUUGCUCUUCAGCAAUGGUUUCAGUUCGGCACCUGGACCGUCUUGUUCGUGCAAUCUUGUGGCAUAUACGUUACGACUACUUCUAUUGAUAAAUGCAGACUUGGCGCUUGGAACUCACUCUCUGCCCUUCUGCUGGCGGUAUCAAUCGCUGUUGAGGAUGUCCUGUUGUACUUCAAAAACGUUUAUCCUGACCCUCAGAAGACUCAUGCAAUUCUCUCAGCUACGCAAUUCAUUUUGGCAAUGGUCAUCUUCUUCACGAGCGUCUCGAUCCCUCGACGUCCCGAGCUUACCAAAGAUGGUAAACCUGUUGACCGUGAGUACACAGUUUCUCUAAUUAACAGAUUCACCUUUUCGUGGCCCGCUCCUGUACUGAACUAUGCUGCGAAAAAUCGCACUCUUACGCACGAUGAUCUGCCUGUUAUUAACUACUCAAUGCGAGCCGAGACACUCAGACAGGAGUUCGAUGCGGUGGGUAAAAAAGACAAGCUAUGGAAGCAGAUUUUCUGGUCUCACAAGAAGUUAUUUGCUGCUCAAUGGAGUCUUCAGAUCUUAACUGCUAUUACGAACUUCCUGCCACAGAUUGUGCUCUACACGGUUUUGAGGCUUCUCGAAGCUCGAGAUAGUGGUGCUUCUAACCAGUUCCAGCUUUGGAUUGCUGCGUUCGGUAUGGGUCUUGCGGUCGCUCUUGGAGCCUGGCUCGAAUCACUACUCUUCUACGUAUGCUUCUUGAAACUAGGUAUUCCAGUCUACGAGCAACUUUCGGCGGUCAUAUUCGGCAAAGCUAUUCGAAAAAAGGACGUCAAGAGUGCCGCUAAGGUCGAUCAGGAUGCUGAAAUUCGAGGGGAAGUCAAUGUAACUAAAGAUUCAGCCCUCCAGAACGACCAGACUAAGGUUACCACGGAAGAGGAAGAGAACGACGAUGACGAAGAAGUCACAAAAACCAAACAAAGCACCAUCAACCUUAUCGGUGUUGAUUCCAAACGAGUAUCCGAUUUUUGUACCUACAACUAUCUCUUUGUCGGCUCGGCUGUCAAACUAGUGUUCGCUAUCAUCUUCCUGGUCAAGCUUAUCGGUUGGAUACCUAUGCUCUGUGGCUUCGCAGCACCCGUGGUAAUUAGUCCGAUCAACUAUCUGAUCAGCAAGAAAUACAGUGACGCCCAGGAUGAGCUUAUGAAAUACCGUGACCAAAAAAUGGCUGUUGUUACGGAAGCGCUUCAAGGAAUUCGGCAAAUCAAAUUCAGUGCUCUUGAAAAAGACUGGUACGAGCGUAUCCUCAAAACACGUCGGAAAGAGUUGAGAGAACAAUGGAAGUCUUUCUGCUAUGAUACUGGGUUGAUCUCGAUAUGGAUCUUCGGACCAGCCUGCAUGAGUGCGAUAUCUCUGGCUUCUUAUGCAUGGAUCAAUGGCACAAUUUCAGCCUCAGUUGCGUUCACCACUUUGUCCAUCUUCGAGGCAAUCGAGAUGACAUUAGCCGUGGUGCCUGAGCUAGUGACGGAGAUGAUUGAUGCCAUUGUUUCCGCGAGGAGAAUACAAAGUUUCAUGGACUCGGCCGAAUUGAAGGUAAGCACCACAGCAGGCGAUUCAAUCUCAUUCCAGGAUGCAACUAUAUCCUGGCCUUCUGACGAGCAAGAAGCAGAGGAUCGUACCUUCAGCCUCCACGAUCUCAACCUCAGUUUUCACAUGGGUGAGUUGAAUGUUAUCUCUGGUCGUACUGGCUCUGGCAAGUCGCUGCUGCUAUCGGCUAUUAUAGGCGAGGCAGACCUGCUUUCAGGCAAACUUACGGUGCCGCGACCCAUAGCAGAGCAGGAACGUUUCGAUCAUAAAGCAAACAGAUCAAACUGGAUAAUUCCGGCAACAAUAGCUUACGUGAGUCAAAUACCAUGGAUUGAGAACGCCUCGCUUCGCGACAAUAUCUUGUUUGGUUUGCCUCAUGAUGAGGGUCGAUACAGGAAGGUCCUUUCGGCGAGCGCUCUAGAAAAAGAUCUCGAGAUGCUGCAAGAUGGCGAUCUUACUGAUAUUGGUGCCAACGGCAUCAAUCUCAGUGGUGGGCAGAAAUGGAGAGCGAGCUUCGCGCGUGCACUUUACAGUCGCGCUGGUAUACUUGUUCUGGAUGACAUCUUUAGUGCCGUCGAUGCUCACGUAGGACGCCAGUUAUAUGAGAACGCUCUUACUGGUGAGUUGUGUCAGGGUCGCACGAGGAUCUUGGUCACACACCACGUGGCGCUAUGCCUGCCAAUGACCAAAUAUAUUGUACUUUUAGGAGAAGGACGUGCUCUCCGCGCUGACACUGUUGACAAUCUCCGUGCUAAUGGACACUUGAGCGAUAUCCUAGCAUAUGAUGUCGAAGAGCAGAAGAAAGAGGAAGAGAGUGCAAACCAGGAAGAUGCAUUGCUGAUCGAUGAUGGUGGCAACGACCUCACGAAAAUUGCUACUAACCAAUCCCGAAGAUCUCGCCGAGCCUCAUCUCGUCUUCAAGGCGAUCAGGCGACAUUAGCACUACAGAGGUCCAGAGCAAGUGCAACUAAUGGGUAUGAGGAGAACCACAAGUCGAAGGACUCGCCAAAGAAAUUCACAGAAGAAGAGGCUCGUGAGACUGGAGCAAUCAGUUUCCAAGUCUACAAGACAUAUGUAAAAGCAUGUCGAGGAUAUUUCUACUGGUUGUGUUUAGCCGUCGUCUUUCUCUCCUGGAUCGGGUUCUCUCUUGGUCGCUCCUACUGGGUCUCGCAUUGGACACGACAGUACGAAACAGAGGAACACAAGCACCGUGACUUACUGAUGUCACUCCAAAUACCGAGCUGGCGCCAAACAACGCACCACAAAUUAUCGACUCUGCGAGCUGACAAGCAAUCCAACGACCUCCUCUUCUACAUUGGAGUCUACGUUGCCAUAUCCUUCAGUGCGUGGAUCAUAGGCACGAUACGAUAUUUUACUGUAUUCCUCGCAUCGAUAAGCGGAUCCCAUGUCAUGUUCCAGAAUUUGACAAACACGAUCCUCCGAGCACCUCUUCGCUUCUUAGACACCACGCCUGUCGGUCGACUCUCGAACAGAUUCACUGCAGACUUCAAUAUGAUCGACUCACGUAUGGCCAGCGAUCUUGGGUUCAUGCUGCAUUGUGGUAUAUCCGUGCUCUCGGUGAUUAUCGCAGGAGCCUUUGUCUCGCCAAUUAUGCUCCUCUUUGCGCUCCUGCUAGUCAUGGUCUCAGGUUGGUUUGCGAAGCGUUUCCUGCGUGGAGCACGUGAAGUUAAGCGUCUUGAGAGCAAUGCCAAAUCGCCGAUCUUCGAGCAGUUUGGGUCAGUCCUCACUGGUGUUGGCACUAUCCGAGCAUUUGGCCGCACUGAGGCCUAUCUCGAGCGAAUGUAUGCUAGGAUUAAUACUCACUGCAGCUGCAUCUUCCACGUUUAUCUCUUUUCCCGGUGGAUGAGCUUCCGAGCAAAUAUGGUCGGCGCACUCUUCACCUUUGCCACGGCUGCGCUGAUCGUCUCGCUCAUAGGGAUUGAUGCUUCAUUGGCAGGCUUCGUGCUAUCCUUCUCGCUGGACCUGUCUGAAAGUGUUAUCUGGGCACUGAGACAAUACGCAAACGUUGAGCUAAACUUCAAUGCUGUUGAGCGCGUCAUUGAGUUCUCGAAUAUUGAGACCGAGGAUCAAGGAGGCGACGAUGCUCCUGCCGCGUGGCCAACUAAAGGAGAAAUCCAAGUUGAGGAUCUUGUUGUCAGCUACUCUGCAGAUCUACCUCCAGUGCUGAGAAACCUGAACUUCAAUAUCGAGGCAAAUGAGCGUGUUGGCGUUGUCGGCCGAACUGGAGCUGGUAAGUCGAGCUUGACAUUAGCACUUUUCAGAUUCCUCGAGGCACAAUCGGGGUCUAUCCGGAUAGAUGGCAUUGAUAUCUCGAAGAUCAAGCUAUACGACCUCAGAAGUCGACUCGCUAUCAUACCACAAGACCCAGUCCUGUUUUCAGGCACGGUGCGAAGUAAUCUGGAUCCAUUCGAUCAGCACAGCGACAUCGAGCUCAGGGAUGCUCUGGCUCGAGUACAUCUCCUCGACCCAGCGUCUUCGACGCAAGCAUCAGGCACUGCCACACCGAUUCACCGAGGCAUCGCUCAAGAAGGUAGUCUUACCGGCACUUCGACACCAGUAAACAAGAACACUGCCUUAUCGUUAAGCACACGUAUAUCAGAAUCUGGCCUCAACCUUUCCCAAGGUCAGCGGCAACUUCUGUGCCUGGCACGAGCUAUUGUCUCACGGCCACGAAUUCUUGUCCUCGACGAAGCAACAUCUUCUGUGGAUAUGGAAACGGAUCGACUAAUACAGCAAAGCAUUAGAGAAGAGUUUGGAGGAAGAUGUACGUUGAUUGUCAUAGCACACAGAUUGAGCACAAUCGUCGAUUUCGAGCGUGUACUAGUCCUAGGUCAAGGGCAGGUAGUCGAAUACGGUACGCCGAAAGAGCUGUACCAGUCCAAGGACGUCAAAGAGGGAAGUUUCAGAGAGAUGGUAGAAAAAAGCGGUGAGAAGACGAUGCUCGAAGAAGUGAUGUUUGAGGGGCAAAAGUAG